GGCGGUUGGCACCGGCUUGUAAAUAAACUGCGAUGCUGUCUCUGGCUCGCCGGCCUGGGUGCCGCCGCCGCCCGGGAGCGCGGGUGCCAGGCUCCCGCCGCCGCGCACCCUAGCGCCUCCGCGGCAGCCUCGCCCGCCCUCGCGCGCUCCCCGCAGCCCUCCCGCCUGCGCCCCCCGGGGUCCCGCGGCUGACCCGCGCGGAAUGUGACCCCCUUUCACCCUGCCCGGCCUCCCCUGACCUCCGGGGGGCCCGCCUUUGCCUGCUUUUGGGGCGGUGGGUGGGGAGGGGCGCGCGGAUCAUGGCAUUGGAGUUCCCGGGCUUGCAGCCGCCGCCGCCUCGUCCACGCACCCCGAGCGCCCCUUCUUCCCGUAGCAGCAGCGGAGGAGGCGAAGCGGCCGGCGGGGGCGAGGCAGAUGGGGCUCAAGGCGCGCAGGGCGGCUGGGGCGGCCGGCGGAGGCGGCGGCGGGGGCGGCGGAGGCGGCGGGGCCGCUAACCCGGCGGGAGGGGACGCAGCGGCAGCCGGCGAUGAGGAGCGCAAAGUGGGGCUGGCGCCCAGCGAGGUGGAGCAAGUCACCUUGGCGCUCGGGGCCGGAACGGACAAAGAUGGGACCCUGCUGCUGGAGGGCGGCGGCCGUGACGAGGGGCCGCGGAGGACCCCGCAGGGCAUCGGGCUCCUGGCCAAGACCCCCCUGAGCCGCCCUGUGAAGAGGAACAACGCCAAGUACCGGCGCAUCCAAACUUUGAUCUACGACGCCCUGGAGAGACCGCGGGGCUGGGCGCUGCUCUACCACGCGCUCGUGUUCCUGAUCGUCCUGGGCUGCUUGAUCCUGGCCGUGCUGACCACGUUCAAGGAGUACGAGACUGUCUCGGGGGACUGGCUUCUGCUGCUGGAAACGUUUGCGAUUUUCGUCUUUGGAGCCGAGUUUGCUCUGAGGAUCUGGGCUGCUGGUUGCUGCUGCCGCUACAAAGGCUGGCGGGGGCGGCUGAAGUUUGCCAGGAAGCCCCUGUGCAUGUUGGACAUCUUCGUGCUGAUUGCCUCUGUGCCCGUGGUCGCCGUGGGCAACCAGGGCAAUGUCCUGGCCACGUCGCUGCGGAGCCUGCGCUUCCUGCAGAUCCUGCGCAUGCUGCGGAUGGACCGCAGGGGCGGCACCUGGAAGCUCCUGGGCUCGGCCAUCUGUGCCCACAGCAAAGAGCUCAUCACCGCCUGGUACAUCGGCUUCCUGACCCUCAUCCUUUCUUCGUUUCUUGUCUACCUGGUGGAGAAGGACGUGCCGGAGGUGGAUGCGCAGGGAGAAGAGAUGAAAGAGGAGUUUGAGACCUAUGCAGACGCCCUUUGGUGGGGCCUGAUCACACUGGCUACCAUUGGCUACGGAGACAAGACCCCCAAGACGUGGGAAGGCCGUCUGAUCGCAGCCACCUUCUCCCUCAUCGGCGUCUCCUUCUUUGCCCUGCCGGCCGGCAUCCUGGGGUCCGGGCUGGCGCUCAAGGUGCAGGAGCAGCACCGGCAGAAGCACUUCGAGAAAAGGAGGAAGCCGGCCGCUGAGCUCAUUCAGGCUGCCUGGCGGUACUACGCUACCAACCCCAACAGGAUCGACCUGGUGGCCACGUGGAGGUUCUAUGAGUCGGUCGUCUCUUUUCCGUUCUUCAGGAAGGAACAGCUGGAGGCAGCAGCCAGCCAAAAGCUGGGUCUCUUGGAUCGGGUUCGCCUUUCUAAUCCUCGUGGUAGCAAUACUAAAGGAAAGCUAUUUACCCCUCUGAAUGUAGAUGCCAUAGAAGAAAGUCCUUCUAAAGAGCCAAAGCCUGUUGGCUUAAACAAUAAAGAGCGUUUCCGCACCGCCUUCCGCAUGAAAGCCUACGCUUUCUGGCAGAGCUCCGAAGAUGCCGGGACCGGCGAUCCCCUGGCCGAAGACAGGGACUACGGGAAUGACUUCAUCGAAGACAUGAUCCCCACCCUGAAGGCCGUCAUCCGAGCCGUCAGGAUUUUACAGUUCCGUCUCUAUAAGAAAAAAUUCAAGGAGACGCUGAGGCCGUAUGACGUGAAGGAUGUGAUUGAGCAGUAUUCCGCAGGGCACCUCGACAUGCUCUCCCGGAUCAAGUACCUUCAGACCAGAAUAGAUAUGAUUUUCACCCCUGGACCACCAUCGACUCCGAAGCAUAAGAAGUCUCAGAAAGGGGCAGCGUUCACCUACCCAUCCCAGCAGUCUCCCAGGAACGAACCCUACCUAGCCAGAGCAUCCACAUCAGAAAUGGAAGACCAAAGCAUGAUGGGGAAGUUUGUGAAAGUCGAAAGACAGGUGCAGGACAUGGGGAGGAAACUGGACUUCCUGGUGGACAUGCACAUGCAGCACAUGGAGCGGUUGCAGGCGCACAUCCCCUGCUAUGACCCGGCCAAGGGCACCUCCCCGGCCGCGGAGGAGGAGAGAGGGGACCCCCGGGAUUCGGAAAUGAAAACCAUCCUUUGCAACUAUUCUGAGACGGGGCUCCCGGACCCGUCCUUCAGCUUCCACCAGGUGCCCAUCGACAAAGUCGGCCCCUAUCGGUUCUUCGCCCACGACCCCGUGGGCCUGCCCCGUGGGGGACCCGGACCUGGCAGGGCUCCCGGGACCCUCUCCUCUUCCACCCCGGCGUAUAUGGAGCGGCCCACCGUCCUGCCCAUCUUGACGCUUCUCCCGUCCCCCACUGACCCACACGGCCUCCGGCAGAGACGCAGCUUCACGCGGGACAGCGACACCCCCCUGUCCCUGAUGUCAGUGGACCACGAGGAGCUGGAACGGUCUCCCAGUGGCUUCAGCAUCUCCCAAGACAGAGACGACGUGUUUGGCCCGGGCGGGGGCUCGAGCUGGAUGCGGGAGAAGCGGUACCUGGCCGAGGGCGAGACAGACACGGACACGGACCCCUUCACGCCCAGCAGCUCCAUGCCUCUGUCCUCCACGGGGGAUGGGAUCUCGGAUUCCAUAUGGACCCCAUCCAACAAGCCCGUGUAAAGGGGUCCUGGCUGACUCCUGGGAAUGUCCACAGACUCUGUAUAGCUCACUUGCUCUCACGCCUGACGCUCACCAGUGCGGUCCCCAGUGGCCACAUCCGACGCCUGCAUGUGCGUGACGGCCCCCAGCAGGGGCCGGCCAUGGCCUGUCCUCCCACGCCACCGCCGUGAAGCCGCCUCCUUUCAGCAUGGUCUGCAUGCCCUUGCACUAGCUCAGUGGUCCACUCGCCUCCUCGGGACACACGCUCACCUGCUCUUCUUUUUGCUCGCGAUCGGACCAGUCCAGGGAGAGAUCGCCCACGAGCUUUUCAUCUGUCUGUCUGGUUGGCUGGUUUGGGUUUGAGUUUGGGUUUGGUAAGCAGGAAGGUAGUUUAGGUUCUUUCUCCGGUCACCACCCCUUUCUGUAAAACAGGCCCGUGGUUGGUCGGCUGUGUGUGAGUGCCAGCCACCAGUGCUCUCACAUGCCAGUGAGGGUGCCUCCUGAGCUAAGAUGUCAGGAGAGGAGUGAGAUAGUCCCACAUCGACAAAACCAAGAACCUUCCAAAUAGUUUCAGUGAGGCCCAGCCUUCUGAAAGCCCUCCACAGGACCUCACGUGGUCUGCCAUUGUCUAGUGUCACGCAUCAAUUUCCUCAUCGUAAAAAAUGGUGGUUGUCCCAGUGUAGCAUUUCCAAUGAGUUAUGAGUUGGCGGGGAGAAAACACACACACACACACACACACACACACACACACACAUUUAAAGAGUUGCCAAUUCCUGUAGCCAAAGAUGGUGACAUUGAUCAGAAGUGGGGUGCCCCUCUGCACAGCAGCCAAGUUCAGUGCCUUCAAAAUGAGGUUCCCACUCACACCCUCCCCAUGAGACUUACACAGAACACCCACUCAAGUGGAAACCGGAGUCACAGGGCACACGGUCUGUCUGGUCCACGUCUCUUUGUAAAACUGCGAAACCUUCGGCUCAGCUCAAGUGACGUGCCCGGGGCCACGCCGUUGUCCCUGGAGAGCUGGGCCCGGAGCCCAGUCCGCUGGCUCGCUCUGUUCCCUGGGCUCCUGGCCGCACCGCUCUGCCCUUCCUGCAGGGGGCCCGGGAAUUGUGCCAAGACACCUGUACCCUGUGUUGUGUGCAAAGCACUUACCACACAGUUUCUCCAGGAGGAGGGGGUUGUCUGCUCUUAUUUGCCAGAUACACUUCCUGACGCGUUGUGUUUGGGAUCCAGAAAAAAAAAUAGUACAGGAAAGCUACUUGUAAUAGUAAUUAAUAUGCAGAUGGGCAGUAUUUCCAGAACCGUCCAUUUUCACUCCUGCAGAUUUUUCAAACCACUCCUAACCAUGAGACAGCGGAGGUGUCAGCCCCCAGCCUGCAGAGCACUGCUCCCCUGUAUGCAUCUCACCAUUAAUCACAGGCCUCAUAAGCUUAAGAGGCUGUGGCCUCUUAUGGGAUGCCGCUACUCUCUGAAACACUUUGAUGGAAAAGGUUUCUGUGAGAUUUGGGCUGAAUUAGCUAAAUGACAGUUCUGCAGUAUUAUCACCUCACCCUUUUCCGCACAUCUCAGCACUGGCUGAGGAUGGUCGCCAUGGAGACCAUCAGGAUGAUUGAAAUGGCGUAAACAAAUGUCUGCAUGUAAGUGCCACUGAUGUCCUCCCUCAGUCUUGUCAAGAGCCAUCAGAGCCGUGGCAGACAUCUGGUUGACGCCGUCAUCAUUACCCGAUGCAGCGGCCUUACAUUCUGCUGGAGAGAGGGGCUAUCUCCUCACAGUUCAGUUUCUGUCGACAGGGACUGUACCAGAGGCUCAGCAUGCAGUGAGCAGGCAGGGCUGCUGCCUGGCCUGAGGAAUUCCUGACAGGUAGAAAGGGCGUUUUACAUGGAGAGUGCUCUGAAUGGCUGGGUGUUGACCUUGAAGUCUGAGGUGGGAAAUACACAAGAAUGAUCACACACAUCGGAUAUGAAACCCCUUCCCAUAUGGUUUGCCUUUGACCUUCCAGCAAUCUGAAGGGCAAAGGGCAUGGCUCAUUGGUUCUCUUCUCGGCUCCCCUCAACAUGCCUGCCAGUACCAUUGGAGUUGGCGCUGGAAAGCCUAAGCCCCUUCCUUAGGGCUUGGUUCUUGAUUCUGACCUCCUGGGAUCUUUCACCAGAAACGAUGGAGCCACCUACCAUCUAACAUGUUACUGUGUUCUUUUUUAUGUAUGAGUUAUUUGAAACAAAAAAAAAAUGGAGAAUGAAUCAAACAGUCUACAUAGGCACCAGUUAUUUUCCCCUAACUUAUUAAUAUUCUUGAAGAACCUACUAAGCUUAGUAUCUUACAAAUAGAUCCAUUUUCCAGGAACUCAGUGGAGUUCUCAGCUGGAAGAGUGGGACUUCUCAUCCUCAAGCUAACAAAUAAUUACCAUGGGCCCAAGGUGAGAGGACUGCCUCAGGGUCUGUUAAUAACUUACAAAGGAGAGAGCUUGUAUUAUUUCCCAAACCGCUGGCGGGCAGGCCAGCUUCCCUGCUGGCUCCUAAGGCCAGGAUGGCAGGGACUGGGUUUGUGCUCCUCACCACCAGGUCUCCUACAUGUGUAUGUCGCCAUUAUCAGUGCAAAGACCGAAUACAUUUUUCAUGAAUGGAUAAAGGACAAGACUCAAGAGCUAUUCUUUUCCAUCUAAAAAAAAUCUGAAAUCCUUUGCUUUGCUAUCCUCUUUGGUUUGAAAAGCAAACCAAACCUGCUCAAGUUGCCUGCCCCCAGGCAGUAUCACCAACAUGGCUGGCGAUGAAGCAGAAAUUCAAGGUCUAGGAUUGAGCAUAAGUUAUAGGGAGAAAGUGUGUGCUUCCACAAAGAUCUUUGUGUCAGAAGAACAGAAUGAUGGGAUAAUCCAACAGCACUGGUUGAUAAUGUGAAGGUUAUACUAUUUCAGAUGCACCAGAGGUUCUGAAGCUUGCCCAGGAAAUUGCAGUUUGAGCAGAAUCCCAUGAAAUAGUGACCAAUUAAUUCCAUUAUAAAAAGUAGGAAUGAUCUUCCCAAGUGAAACUAUGGCCUCAUUACACAGAUCCAGGCUCUGUGUGUCGCAGUAUGACACAUGAGAAUGUGAAGAGGUCAUGUUUUAUCAGGAUCAAAAUGAGACAAAUUUACUUUCCCAGCGUCAGGUAAAGGGAUGUCAUUGAGCUGAGAAGAAAGUACUUGAUACCAAGUGUGAGUUCUGACUAUCAAAUACCAGCACACGAGGAAACACAAAAAAUAUUUUUUUUAAUUGUGAGAGAAAGAAACAACAACAAAAAACCCCACACCAAAUUGAGAAAGUUCUAUUCACUAGCUGCUUUUUCUGGGAACUGAGCUUAGAUUUAUUAGACAUGACAUUGAUAUUAUGAAACUCUGGUUUUCAUUAAAAAAAACCUACCUAGAAAACCCCAAGGUAUACUAUAGUUCAAAAUUAGCUAAUUAAUUGACAGUUGUGCAUUAUGCCUUGCCUAUUUUGUGCCAGGCAGUUCCUGGACACUGUAAAUUGAAAGAAUAAUUACUUGUAGGAAAUCCUAACAUAACAGGAUCUACUCAUAAUUUGCCAAGACCAUUCUCAUAAUUUGAUGCCACUGUAAUGACUGUAAUAAAAACAUUAUUAAUUUACAAGAUUAAGCUGUGUGCUGACUCUAGGCAAUGCACUUGAAAUUCAGAACUAUGAAAACCACAGUUCCUGCCAUCAAAAAGCUAGGAACUUGGUGGCCUCAAAUAUUGGAAGUCCCUUCAAACUAUGUGUACCACCAAUGGCAAGUCUCUGAUUUCAUCCCUGAAGAACGCUCCACAGACAGGAAUGUUUCCUAGCUUGGAGUCACUGGGAGAGAGAACAUGGAAGAAAUGGAGAGCAAAAAUUCUGCAUCAAAACGGUAAUGACCCCAUCAACCAGAGAAGACUGAACGGAUUGAAGGGGGACUUUGAGUUUGGGUUCAAUGCUUUGGACUUUACAGCCCCAGAUAAGCACACGUGAAGAAGGUUCUAGAGUACCUUGGAAGGUUCUGGGGGGCAGUCAGGGGAACAGGGUUUUCCUCUCUAAAUCCCUACGAGGAUUGAGUUCUGGCAAGUCACUGAGCUACUUUAAUUGUGUUGGCCAAGAGAAGCGUGUGGUACAGGCCGAAGACACAGCAUCCGUUACAGGAGAAAGGUGGGGCUACCUGUGGGGUCUGCUGAUCAGAUUCUUCUGGGGCAGGAGAAGAAGUUUAUCCAGAGCUCCGAGAAGCGGGCUGCACUUCGGAAAGAGCUGCCAAGCCCACGCCAGGCUUCCCCCAGAAGGUACCACGUAGCUGGUCUGUUUUCCAGGAAUACGCUUCCGAGGCAUCUAGAACCAAGGCCUCUUGGCCUCCACAUAGCACAUACGUUUCAGGGGGAAAUAAGUUAAAAUGAGCUCUAGAUACAAGUGACCUGAGUGUGACUACAACGAAGCCGUCAGAAGCCUAGCCCAGUGCUGGGGAACAUACUCGUCAUUCCUCUUGGACUUGUCAAAUGAAGGAAAGUUUGAUGCCGACGAGUAAUGAAAACUGAGCAUGUUCUUCAAUGUUCAUUGUCCUCUGCCCACAGACGGAGGCCAGGGCAGGGGGAACUGGCCCUAAGCUCUCUGUGAGUUGCCGGCGAUGUAAUAGUUUUCUCUCUUGACUUCAUGCAAUCCUCAUUGCAGCCCAUGGGGGAGGCGUGUGGUCCGCAUCCUGCAGGUGAGGACACUGAAGUAGGCAGGGGAAAUACCGCGCCAUGGGUCACUCAUUGUAAGAGUAGAUCUGGGAGCAUCAUCAAAACCCACGUACCUCCAAAGCCCACUCUCCCCCAGCCAAGCCUCCCAGGAAAAGCUGCCAGACCUCGCCCUGCGGUCCUUCACCACCUUGCCUUCCUCCGCCCCGUCAGCUUUCUAGUAAAAUGAUCAUAGACGAAUCGCUCCCCUGGAGGAAAGAGAGUCCAGUGUUGGUUGCUCCACUUGGCUAUUCAGCGGGUCCUGCCUGUUGCUUUGAGUGGUUUCACAGCCAGCUUCUGUCAGUGGCAGGAAACUGCCACGUAAAGCAUUCAUCUGGUCCAUGUUGGAAUCCGUCGGCUCUUAGAGGUGGGUGUGGCUGCAGAUAAUCCCCUGAGCACCCCUUGUUCUCGGUCCCCAAGGAUCUCCUGUCAUUGUUUUAAACAAGGUCAACUGUCCCUCUAGAGCAGGGGUGGGCAAACUUUUUGACUCGAGGGCCACAAUGGGUUCUUAAACUGGACCGGAGGCCAGAACAAAAGCAUGGAUGGAGUGUUGGUGUGAACUAAUAUAAAUUCAAAGU